AUGCUUGUUUACCGUGGUCCUCUGCGUUCUCUUCUCACAUCCCUCAGCAGAGCCACCGCGAAUUACCAGAAUCUUCGAGCCUCUUCAACGGCUCUCGACAGAAUGUCUGCCCCUUAUACUCCUCAGGACGUUCAAGCCGUGGCGAACAUGGUGCGUGCUUUAGAUAGUGCCCGGAAGGACAAGAAACGCGGCGGAUUCGCAAUCAAAAAGACAACGUUCGAUGUUAAAGGAUCAACGGAUGGCAUCCAAGUCGACUCCUGGCGUUUGCAGGACUGGGAUUACAAGCGACGUGAUUUGCCCACAUAUGCGCGCGGCCUCUUCACCACCAAGACACGAAGAAACGAGCCAGAAAUCGCCGUGAGAGGUUACGACAAGUUCUUCAAUGUUAACGAGGUUCAUGAGACCAAGUGGGAGAACAUCUUCACACGUACUCAAGGCCCCUACGAGCUGACACUCAAGGAGAACGGCUGCAUUAUUUUCAUUGCCGGAUUGGAAGACGACACACUGAUUGUGUGCAGCAAGCACUCGACUGGCGACCGAGAUGACAUCCAAGUCAGCCAUGCCAGCGCCGGAGAGAAGCGCCUAGAACAACAACUGGCUGCCGUUGGCAAGACAAAAGCAGACCUUGCACGAGAGCUCCGCAAGAGGAACGUGACUGCCGUCGCGGAGCUUUGUGAUGACCAAUUCGAGGAGCACAUCUUAGCAUAUGGUCCAGAUAAGGCUGGGCUAUAUCUCCAUGGCGUAAACCUCAACCUACCCGAGUUCGCUACCUACCCCAGUCGUUUCGUUCAAGAAUUUGCCGAUGAGUGGGCGUUCCGUAAAACGGGCCUUAUCACGAUGGACGACAUUCACCAAGUCAAGGCUUUCCUCGAAGAAGUAGCUGAAACUGGAGCACACGAUGGUCGCGAUGUCGAGGGUUUUGUUAUACGUUGCAAGAUGUCCCAUGACCCUUCUACACAUCCAUAUCGCGACUGGUUUUUCAAGUACAAGUUUGAGGAGCCAUACCUGAUGUACCGCCAGUGGAGAGAAUGUACCAAGGCCUUGAUUGCUGGAAAACAGCCAAAGUUCAAGAAACACGCCAAAAUCACAGAGGAGUAUCUACUUUACGCCCGACGACGACUUGCCGCAGACCCGAAGCUGGGAAAGGAGUACAACAACAACCAUGGGAUCAUCGCUCUGCGGGAUGACUUCUUGAAAUUCAAGAACAUCAACGGUGCAGAUGCAGCUAAUAUGGGAGAGCUGGAUCCUGUUGUAAUGACGGAGGUCACUCGUGAUGUUAUUCUGUGUCCUAUUGCCACCAUUGGCUGUGGUAAGACAACCCUUGCUAUGGGGCUCUCGCACCUUUUCGGUUGGGGUCAUGUUCAAAACGACAAUAUCUCUGGUAAAGGCCGGCCUCCGCGCUUCACAAAGAUGGUGUUGGACGAACUUAAAGACCACCCUGCCGUGAUUGCAGACCGAAACAAUGCACAGAGACACGAACGGAAGCAGAUCAUCACCGACGUGAAGCUCCAGCAUUCUUCUGCCAAGCUUGUUUGCAUGAACUUCAAGCAUGAUGAAGACUCAAUCGAUGAGAUCCGGCGAAUUACCCAGGAAAGAAUUAUUGCCCGGGGUGAUAACCACCAGACUAUCCAUGCAGCAAGCGACAAGGAGAAGUUCAUUGGUGUAAUGGAGGGCUUUAUCAACCGAUAUGAAGCCUGCAACCCGCACUCUCGACCUGACGAUGGCUUCGAUGCUGUGAUAGACCUUGAUCCUACAGCCAGCAGCCGACAGAAUCUCGAAACUCUCGUCACACAACUCCACAAGUUGUUUCCAAAUCUUGUCAAGGAGAUUCCCUCUGCUGCAGCAUUUGACGCUGCCAUGGAUUACGCCCUCGGCUACAAACCAGAUUUCAAACACGAUAUACCUGACAGGGGCAAGAAAAGUUACCCGCAGCAAAAACCUAAAGUUCAGAAGCCAAGAAAGAUGGAAUACAUGUCUGUGGGUAUUUCGACCCAGGAGGUCAACAAUGCUCUUGAGCAAGCCUUCAAAGCCACCCCACGUGCAACUUCGCGGCUUUAUACACAACUCAAACAAACACGACGCAUACAGGCGAAAUUUCAUGUGACUUUGCUGCACAAGGCUGGCAGUAAGGAGCACCCUGAGCUCUGGCAGAGAUACGAUGCGCUGCAGAAAGAAGCAGAGGCUGCUGGCGACCCUGAAGGGAAAGUUGGCGAAUGCGAUGUCAUGCUCGAACGAGCUGUGUUUGAUGACAGGAUCAUGGCUAUCGUGGUUCGCCUAGCAGACCAAAAUGACCAAUGGAAGUGUGUAAACCGCGUUGCUCACAUAACUGUCGGAACUCGAGACAAUUCUGUAAAGCCCAAAGAAAGCAACGACCUCCUGGCAAGAUGGCUGGACGUGGGUAGUUCCCCGGAAACCAAGAUUGGAGAGGUUGUGUUCGAGGAGAGGCCUACACUCAAGGGCACGGUAGCACCUGUGCUUAGCAAGUUUUAG